AUGGCGCGGAGCCGACAGCAGUCCGUGCCCGCGAGGAGGAGAGAGCGCGUGCCCCCCGAGACUCCACGGGAGCAGCCGCCGCUUCACAUCCGAGUGUCUGUCACUUCCACGGACACGGCGGAGUGGGAAGAGACACAGGAGACAGCAGGAGGACAAUCCACCGUGGAGGAGCCGCUCCCCAGCGAGUUUCAAGAUUUAGUGGACUUCAUCAAAGUGACCAUCAGGAGGAUACGUCGCUCCUCUGUGUCCUCAUCUACCUCCUCCUCCUCCUCCUCCUCCUCCACCACCCUGUCCCCUUCCAAAGAAAAUUUGAGCAGUAGCAGUCGUCACAGAAGGGAGAAGAAAAGUGGGGGAAGCCUGCAGACCGGAAAAGGAGGAGCGGGAGGUGGAGUGACAGGCAGGAGGGUGAGAGGAGGAGGAGGAGGAGGAGGACGAGGACAGGGCUGUGCACUCAAACAGAUCCACCUCAAUGUGACAGAUCUGGGUCUAGGCUACCGCUCCGGCGAGGAAAUGAUAUUCAGGUACUGCUCGGGACCCUGCAGGAAGUCUGAGGCCAACUACGACAAGAUCCUCUACAACCUCGCUCACAACAGAAGGUUCCCCCCCAAAGACACGCCCUCUCGGGCCUGCUGCCGGCCAACAGCAUUUGACGAUGAUCUCUCGUUUCUGGACGACAACCUUGUUUACCACACGCUGAGAAAACACUCUGCCAGAAAAUGUGGUUGUGUGUAGGGACGGUGAAACGAGUGUCAGGUUUUGGGUAACUGUAAAUUCACGCCCACUUUAAAGUGUAUGCUAUCGAGUGUUGUUUGUUUUUUUUUUGUAGAUUUUUA